AGCUAUUUUUAUUGGUCGAGAUUAAAAUCUUUGUACGAGGGUCAAGAUUCGAGAGCCUUCUUGCAUCGCUCACAUCCGUUUUUCCCUCACAUGCGAUUUUUUAACCGUCAGACUCGUCGCGCGCACGUCCAGUCUGUUUCCAAUCCUGUUGUUGAGUGUAAAUACAGGUUCUGCAGCUGUCGAAAAAUUUUCCGGCCACGUCUUCGGUGCAUUAUUUAGUUCUAUAAUUUUACAUAUUGGUAACUACCACGGGCUGUCACCGUUUUCCCUUACAACAGCUAUCAUGAAUAUUGUUGUCUCGUCUUUUAUAUUUUUACCGGCUGUACUAGUUUGUGGUGUGCCGUGGACGGAAUUUCCAGUUUCUACAUCGGCUAAUGUAUCAAGACAUUUACAUUCCUUGACCCCGUCGUCGUUUGUGAGUUUCUUAAAGUCCAAUAAAGAUAACAUCAGUGUCGUAUGGUUCCACCCAAAAAACAUAUCGCAGCACGACAGGCUCCCGUUUUAUUUAAUGAGGGAAUCGUUUCUCGUACCAGCGGCAGAUCGUCUACGGAUUCCCAUUGCCGAAUUCCCCAUCACCAAUGAGUCCUUGGCCGUGACGCGUGCACUAGGGAUCAACGAAACGAGCAUCGACACUAUCCACAUUUAUUCCCGGUUGCGCCGCAUCGUCUACUAUGGAUUGCGAACGAGUGACGCCCUGGUAUCGUACGUCAAACGGCUGCAGUGCCCGAAAUUCACGCUGAUUGAAGGAAAAGCCGAUAAAAAGCAGUUUGACCUUACGGAUAAAAUUCGUGUACUGGCCUAUGUCGUACCCGGAAGUGCUUUCGCCCGUGUUUACGCUAAUGCAUCCUUGGCGUUUGGUCCUGCUGUGAAGUUUUUCGUGAUUAUCAGCGAUGCCAUGGCUGUGCGUUAUGGAUUGGUGGAAGGGAAAGUACAGGUUCAUCGACCUGGCGAGAUGAGCUUCGCUGAGCUGCAGGAUGCCAGAUCUGCCAAUGAAAUCAUCGACUUUGUGCGGGAGGAAGCCGGCAAGUCGUACUUCCAAACACAUCGCCUGACCAGUGAGAACAUCUACUCGUUCUGGCGCGAAAAAGCCGACCAGCCCAAGUUUGUUUUGCUGACUUCCGCUUCGCACACUCCGCACGCGUCCCGCUUCCAUAAACUUCUGCGGCGAUCCAUUCUGAACAGCACAGAAUGUCAAAUCAGUGUCAUCGACGUGGAUCAGUUUCCGGGAAUGGCUGAAUACUGGCGGCGAUACUAUCGUGUGGAUCCCAUUUCCAAGCCGGUGCUGGGCUACGUGGCGUUGCACAAUUCCACGGCGAUCUGGUUGGAUGAACGACACAUCAACAGCACCGAAGGCAAGGAUUCUGAACGCCAGAACGAACGGGCCAUUUCGGACUUCGUCGGCUCCAUCCUGAACGGCACAGUGACGCUGAAGCACGGCAAGCAGAUUGACCCGGAAACAGGCGUGCCGACCUCUGAUGGGCGCAGAGAUGAACGGAUAGGUCAGGGAUUGGAAGGCCAGGUGGUGGAUUUGAAUGCGCUGCAAAAAGAGACGGAACAGACGCGGGGAAAAGUUGAGCACAAUGUGCAGGAUGGGUGGGGCGAUGAUGCAUCGGGAUCGUUAUUGCGGGAGGGGAAGCUGGAUUGGACUGAAGAAGAAAAGCCUUACUUCGGCAAAGCGGAACGUGAUUUUGAACCGGUGCGAUAUGAGAAUCCCGCCAAGAAAUUUGAGCACGAUCUGACUUCCUUCGGCAGUCGUAGCCAUCUUGAAUCACAUGCGAAAAAGCACAGUGAAUUGUGAUUUGCGAAGAAGUUUUGUCUUUUUGUAUUUCAUUUGACGCCGUGCUGUCUGUGCUGUUUUCCUUUGCAUGGUUAUAUAAUAUGAACAUGCGUUCCUUUUUUACACUGAAGCCCGAUGAAUAACGAAAAAUGAUUUUUUAACGUUUUUGGUUGCUUUUACCUGUGGUGAGUUUUUGCUUUUGGACUUUUAGUGAAAUUAAACCAGUC